AUGUUUGCUUUACUUGAGAUCUCCUUAACGGUUGUGAGUGAGAUGUGGACAGUGGUUGAGAGGACUGUUGGCCUGAGGCCUGUUGUUUGGCCACAGGCGUUGCACACCGGCUCUCCUAAACUAUUUCGCCGCCAUAAGGAUGUGUUAGUCGUCGAACAGUUGGAACACGAAAGGCCUGAACGUCUUGAUUGUGUCUAUUAG